GCGCGCGCUCUCGUCUCCUCCUCCUUUCUGCCGAAAACUCUUGAGGAUUCCUGCACGGAGAAGAUGAUCAUACUUUGCUUAACGAUAUUUGCGAACAUCUUCAAGCCGGGUUGGACUGGCGCAAACGAGCGCACGUUCCUAGCAGUGAAGCCGGAUGGAGUUCAGCGCAGACUGGUGGGUGAAAUCAUCCGCCGCUUCGAACGCAAAGGUUUCAAACUGGUCGGCAUGAAGCUCCUGCAGGCGUCAGAGGCACAGCUCAGACAGCAUUACUGGGAGCUGAGAGAGAAACCUUUCUACAACGGCUUGGUCAAAUACAUGAGCUCUGGACCCAUUGUUGCAAUGGUUUGGCAGGGGCUGGAUGUGGUGAAGACCGCCAGAAAAAUGCUUGGGGAGACAAACCCAGCAGACUCUCUGCCAGGCACUAUCAGAGGAGACUACUGUGUGGAAGUGGGCAGGAAUGUGAUUCACGGCAGUGACUCGGUUGAAAGUGCUGCUCGGGAAAUCUCCCUGUGGUUUGAGGAUCAUGAGCUGUUCUGCUAUGAAGAGUGUGGACAGCACUGGAUAUAUGCUUGAAAUCAAUCAUCUAACACUCUUGUUCAUCAUCAAACACACACACA